AUGUCUCAAGAUACACUCAAUGAAGACUCUGUCUUUCCCUGGGACCUUGGAGUCCAUGACGCGCACUGCCAUCCCACCGACACGAUGACAUCAAUCCCCGCCAUCCCACACAUGAAAGCCACCACGCUGACGAUCAUGGCCACGCGCAGCGAGGACCAGGACCUUGUAUACCAGACUGCAUUAUCGCUGCAGAAAGGUUCAAAACGUGUCGUUCCCUGCUUUGGAUGGCAUCCGUGGUUUUCUCAUCAACUUCUAGACGACAUCAAUAAUGAGUCUGCAUCAUCACACAACACAGAGCAGCAGAAGACAACACACUAUCAGCACGUCUUGACUCCACCACCCCUAGAUCCAGCAUUCAUUGCUUCUCUACCGGAUCCAAAACCGCUGUCUCAGUUUAUCUCUGAAACCCGGCUCCGCGUUCUACGCUUUCCGACCUCUCUAGUCGGCGAGAUCGGACUCGACAAGGCCUUCCGUCUACCUAUCCCCUGGUCGCAAGAUGAUAUCGAAGUGAGAAAGGACACCCUGACGCCUGGGUCUCGCGAGGGCCGACACCUCUCGCAGUAUCGAGUCCAGAUGAGUCACCAGAAAGCAGUGCUAAAGGCUCAGCUCCGACUAGCCGGUGAACUGGGUAGACCUGUCUCCGUCCAUAGCGUGCAAGCGCAUGGAGCUGUCCUGGAUUUACUCAAGGAGUUAUGGAGGGGGUAUGAACGAUACGUUCCUACAAGGAGGGAGCGAAAAGAACGAGACCAAAAAGAAGAAGAAGCAGAAGAAGAAGAAGAGAAGCAACUUCCCUUUCCCCCACGGAUAUGCAUGCACUCGUAUUCCGGCCCUGUUGAACCGAUACGGCAAUUCCUAAACCCGGCCAAUCCGUCAGAUAUAUAUUUCUCCUUCUCCCAGGCGAUCAACUUUACAACCCCGUCUUCUAAAAGGGUGGUUGACGUGAUCCGCGCCAUCCCAGAGGAUAGAUUGCUGAUAGAGAGCGAUCUGCAUACUGCCGGAGAAGAGAUGGAUAUCUUACUUGAGGAUAUCACUCGGACGGUCUGUCAACUACGGGGGUGGGAAUUACAUGAUGGAGUGAAGCGGUUGGCAAGAAAUUGGAAGUGUUUUAUCGAGAAAUAA